UCCUCCGGCAUCACGUGCACGGUGUGGGGCCGGGGCAGCCUGGCACGGCACGGCACGGCUCGGCCUCGGGGCAGCCCCGCGGCGCCAGCAGCUGCAACCACAGCAAAGGACAAGGAGGGCGAGGACAGGGAGCCCCCCGGAGCUCCCAGCACCAGUGAGGAUGGAGCCGACCAAGCUCCCACUCACCAAGAGGAUGGCUCCUGCUCCCCCCAUUCCUGCCAAGACCAAACCAGCCCCCGUGCUGGCCACCAAGCCCAGUGACCCCCAGCCCAGCAUCUCAGCUGACAUGGAGUGGGGCAGAGCCGGUGACCCAGAUGCAAACAGCUUCAAUGUGGUGUCAGUGACCACAGCCAGGCUGAGCCAUCCCACAGCCACACGGCCACGAGUGCCUGGCCAGCGGCCACCCAGCCUGGCCCUGGGGAGCACGGGGGGUCCCCAUGGGGGGGAGCAGCCCCAGGGGCUGCCCCGUGCUGCCCUCUGUGCCCCUGUCCCCAGGACGGGGCAGGCACCUGUCCCACCGUGGAGCACAGAGGGGCUGGAGGGGCUGGAGGGGAGGCCACUGGCCCUGGAGGACCUGAAGGCUGAGGUGCGGACCCUGCACAUCCUUGUGGACCUGAUGCGAGUCCAGCACCUGCGGGACCUGCAGGAGCUGCGGCAGGAGCUGUGCCAGGAGCGGGCCCAGCGCCAGGCACUGCAGGUGGAGGUCGAGCGGGUGAGGAAGGGGCUGCCCUGUUAGCAGGGUGGGCAGGUGGUUGGCACAUGGUUCCGUGUGCCCCCCCAGCCUGGUUCUGCACCCAUCGGAUACCAAUGCCCACCCCACACCCAGGCUCUGCUCCCUGAAACAUAACAGCCCCAUGACCAAUAGAAAUCGUUUAAAAUAAACUAUUUUGGGUACAAA